CGCGGAGACUGGCCCGCGUCUAGAAAACCUAUCGUCAAAUAUCCCCCCUACUGCGAGUGGCUGUAUUGCGCUCCGAGACUGCCCAUUGGCUUCUUCUCGCUCUACUUGCCAUUCGCCACCCAUCAGCCAGCAGCAAACACAUAUAUUCACCUCUCUUCUCCGUCCCCAUCGCUUCUCGUCCAACCCACCACGUUAAGGCGCAGCUUCCCCGGCAAACCCCAACCACGCUACUCUCGUUUCAUCACUGUGAGACCUUUGUCAUUCCUUCCUUCUAUUCUCGCUCGUGCUUCCCUUCCUGUCCCCCAUUUUCCUAUCAUGGUCUACUCUCUCUCUUACCGUCGCCCUUCGCACGUCUCCUCCCGCGAGUCUCUCUCCGGCCAAGAGAAACAGAAGUCAAUCAAUGAAUCGGUCAACUCUGGAAGUAGCGGAAUGUCCCACGGAAUUCCUGAAGCUCUUUCCUUUGACCGCAUCAUUGCCGGGGGUGUUUGUCCCCCGUGCACGGUCCGGGAUUUUAUGAACUACCUCAAAUACAUUGAGCUUUCAGCGGAGAAUCUUCAGUUCUUUCUAUGGUACCGCGACUAUUGCAAACGAUUCAGCGAGGUCCCAGAGUCUGAGAAAGCUCUCUCACCAGAAUGGACGGGCGAGCAUGUCGAGUCUGAGGCUCAAACCCGACCCAAGCGCCUCGGCGCAGAGGCUGCCUCUAUCUUCAAGGGCACCGACUUCGUCAGCGAGCCUCGAGUUGCCGAAGUAGAGAAAUCUAAUCCUUUCUUCACGCCGCCCCGAACGCCAAAUAGCGACUCGGCCGAGGGCAAGAGGGAUGGAAACUCACUGGAUUCAUAUGAUGAGAGCCUGACUUCCGGCGGGAAGAUAAACCACACUCAACGUGCUUCUGGUGCGUUUCAGAGUGUGGGGCUCAAAUGGAAGCCUCUAUCUGUUCAACCAUAUCGAGAAGAAAUCGCCCGCAUCAUCUCCAUCUAUGUCGCGGAUGGUGGUACUCGUGAAUUAAAUCUCUCGUCCAAGGAACGUAGUGCCUUGCUUCAUGCGCUUCAGAAUACCACUCAUCCAUCCGCCUUCCACAAUGUCAUCACUACAGUCGAAUGGUCUCUGCGAUGCCAGGCUCAUCCCAAUUUCAUUCGCUGGACUAUUUGCAACGGCAACAAGCCUCGUGUCAUCUUCGCUCGUGGUCUUGGUGUUGGCGGAAUUGUUGGGGGUAUAAUAGCUGCUAUUAUCAUUACUCUCAGCAGUGCGAGUCGCGCCUGGCGUGUCCUUUCUAUGAUUGGUUUCUUCAUCGGCAUUUCCACCCUUAUCGCCGCCUGGAAAGGCAUGUGCGUCGUUCUUCACGGAAUGCACCACCGCCAUCUCCGCCCAUGGGAGCUGUUUGCUUCUGACGACGAGCCCGCUGGGUACGACAUGAAGAGUGACUCGUAUGACAGCCUGUCCUCUCAUGCCUCAAGCAAUAGCUGGGAAGACGAACCAUGGGUUGCGAAGUACGAGAAACGCAACGUCGUCCGCAAGGUUUUCGAUCGUGAGGUGUGGAUUCAAGAACCUGCUCUUCGCCAGAUCCAGGAUACCAUCUUCCUUCAAGCCAUCAUUGGAGCGCUGGUUCUUUCGAUCACCCUCGUAGGCAUCUUCUGCGCAUUCCCCAAGGGCAACUAUUUCUAA